CAAUUUUGCAUCAAAUCACAAUGUGAUAUCCCACCACCUCAUGUUCCAGUUGUAUUUGGUUCGUCUGUUCUCCAAGCGAUCAAUGCUUGGCAAUAAUGUCGAUAAUUUCCCUUGGAUUAAAUCGAUCGAUUUGGGUGUUUUAAUUCAUGCAAUCACAUCAAAUUAUAUGACUUCUAUUGUAGGAUUUCAGUUAUCUUAGAAUAAGAAUUCGCUAUUCACAGAAUACAUUGAAUCACAGCCGUUCACUUGCCAAUCAUGAACAGCGGGAUCAUGCGUCGGACAGGAAGUUCGGAGUUGCACGUCUCCCUCACCAUCGUAGGAGUGGGUCCAGCUGGGGCCCUGUCGCCGUGUCCUUUGCCAAAGAAGGUGGGUGAAACGGUAGGGAGGCAAUUGUUCGUCGGUAAUAACCACGAGCCGGUGGCCAACCGGCCUAUUGACCGGCAAUAUCCGGUAAACAGCCGUUGGGAUUCAAAAUGGCGAAGCGGAAGAAUGGCUACUGCAAACGGACGGUGAUGAUCUAGUCCCGAUAGUCGUACUCGGGCUCUGGCCCGUCGGAUCGCCCGAUGGUGGCUCGAAGUUUAAACGUAGGGUUCGAAGCCGCUCGCAUACGCUACAAAGAAGAAAGAAAAGAACCCAAGAACGCUAUAAAACAAAUCUCUCUCUCUCUGGCAAUUUGAAAGAGGAAGCUGGUGGACAUCUGAAUCAGGUGCGUUAUAGCUUCAUCGAGUCGUCGACUUUUCGAUUAUAAUAGUUUCUUUUCGGAGCGGCCGUUCUUGAUAAGGGUUUCGGUUCGGGCACGAGCUCGUUGUGGAUUUUGAUCGCUUCUUGAUGGAGAUUGUGGAAUCUCGAUUUUUGGAUGGGAGAUCGGGAAUCGGUACUUUGUGGUUCGGUGCUUGCGAUGGAGAGGUUGACUGUCGGAAGAGGUUAAGGUUCUAGACGAUUAGGCUUCUGAUAAGUUGUUGUCUCGCUUCCUUGCGAAUUUUUGGAACGGGGUUAUUGAUGGGUGAUUUCGAAUUCGUUAGCUCAACACACCACUGGCUUGUCAAUUUGAAAAUAUAAUCGGGUGUUCGUAAUUAAAUUGCUAAAAUUGUUCUUGUCGUCAUCUAUUGAGUGAACGUUCUUGAAGUUAUUACUCUUGAGAUUGGAAUUUUACAAUUGAAUCUGAAUACUCAAGAUAAUUUUCCCCUGUUUUCUCUGACAAGAACAGUUGGUUUUCAUUUGGUUUAUUAACGUUCUUUCUCCAUUGCUUUUGCAGUUUAUGGUUUUUCCUUUUCUUUACGAAUCUCUUUUCAGAGUCUUGGGUGCUUGAUGAUGCUUUGCAAGUUGUUCCUGAAUCAGUGCUUAUCGAUUUGGGAUUGGAACAUAAGUCUUCGUUCAUCAUUCGGUAAAAAUGACAAGUGACAAUGGAAAAAGUGCUCCGAAAGGCGAAGCUGUUACUUCCAGGGCUGCUCACGGAGCAAGUGGCGACGAAUUUCUGAGGCAACGAUCCUUAAAUGGGUAGUAACUCUGAUGUUCACUGCUUCUUUGAUUUCAACUCUUUUUUCUUUAUGAUCAUGGCAUUUGGAAUCUUAUGCUUGAAUAAGAGUAUUUCAAUUAGACUCGUUGUUGAAGCUACAUCUGAACGAAUCAAUGUCGAAAAGUUAUUGUCUGAAUUGAAACAUGCGAAAGCAAAUCUGAUGUAUUACUCUAUAAAUCAACUGUAGGAGGAUCACUGGUCCAACACGCCGCUCAACCAAAGGACAGUGGACGGCUGAGGAGUUGCUGCAAUAAUGAGCACAGUGACCGGCCGGCGACGGAGAUCGGAGACCGGACGUCGGAGUCGGGGAGGACGAGAAGCUUUGGUCGGAUUUGGGUAGAGAGUGUUCUUCUCCCUCACGACUUCACCCUCACCCCUUUUGCUGCCCUUCCCCAAAGCUCCAUAGGAGCGAGGGACUCUUUCACCCUGUCUCGCUUCUUCUCCUCAAAGCUCCAUUUAUAGGAGCGAGGGAAGGAGGAUGGCGUGCAGCACGCGGCGGCGGGCGAUUGCGGGCGACUGCGGCGCUGGCCGCGGGCAACAGCGUGCGCUGCGGCUGCAGUCGGCGCUGGCCACGCUGGUGAGGGCGCUGCUGGCGGCGGCGCGGUGAGCGGCGAGCGGCUGCAGAUUGGGGCCCCCGCGAUGAGGAGCGCGGUGAGAAACCCUCGGGUGAUGAGGGCGCUGCGACCGGAGACAUGCGGGGGCCACAGUGGGGGCCGAUGAGGAGUUGCGUCGGUCAACUUCGCUAAUUUAUUCGCCCAAAUGGGACUCGAUUUUUAGAUGCCAUAUUGUACAGAGCUGUUCAGAGUUUCAAAGGCAAACACUGGAAAAAGAUAGCUGAAUGUUUUCCAGACCGGACUGACGUUCAAUGCCUACAUAGGUGGCAAAAGGUUUUAAAUCCAGAACUUGUGAAAGGGCCAUGGUCAAAAGAGGAAGAUGAAAUCAUAAUCGACAUGGUAAAAAAGUUUGGACCAAAAAAGUGGUCAGCCAUUGCACAAGCAUUACCUGGGCGCAUUGGGAAGCAGUGCAGGGAAAGGUGGCAUAAUCAUCUUAAUCCUGCCAUAAAUAAGGAGCCAUGGACUCAAGAAGAGGAAAUAGCACUGAUUCAUGCUCAUCAAAUUUAUGGAAACAAAUGGGCAGAGUUGACAAAAUUUUUACCAGGCAGGACAGACAAUGCAAUAAAGAACCACUGGAACAGCUCAGUAAAGAAGAAAAUAAAUUUGUACCUAGCAUCAGGACUUCUUUCAGAGUUUCAAGGCCUUCCUCAUGCUAAAAGUCCUGCUCAGGUAGUCAAUAGACAAAAUGGAAGUGCUAAUGGUUUAAAGGACAGGCUAGAGGUUGAGGAUUCAACAGAAUGCAGCCAAACUUCAACAGCCAAUGUUGGUUGCUCUCAGUCUGAUGAAAAUGAAAAACUGGCCAAUGCGGCUUCAGUGGAUGAUGCCAUGAAUCUAGAUGGGGAUAUUAGUAGAAAAGAUAUUCAGGAUUCUCAUUUGUCAAUAUGCAUGAAUGACUAUUAUGCCUAUAUGGAGGAUUUUGCACGUGCUGUUCCCGAAGAACAAUCUAAAGUUUCUGCAUCUGCAAACUUACUACUAACUGAGGAGGUAUCUGAAAAAAUUGCUGAGCAAGCAAGCAAGUAUGAUUUGCCUAAUAAUUCUACAGUAGAGAUUUCCCAGAAAUCACCGGGGUUAACGGAAGCAUCGGAGUACCAUAGUGUCUGUAGAACAAAUAACGAAAAUGGAUCUGUUUCAUGUUCAAAAUUUUCAGAUCUUAAAUUUCCAAAUUUUGUGUCAGAUAAUGAUUCAGCAUAUGAGAAACAGAGUGAUCUUUUGGUAUGUGAAACUGGUUGCUUCAGCAACUAUCUUUCUGGGUUAGAUGUUCUUCAAGGAGGUAUCGAAGAAUGUCCUAUUGAAUUUGAUGAUUCAAGCUUUGGGAAUUUGGAUUAUUACUCUGGUACAAUUUGCCAAAACUCCUUUAGUUCUGAGGCUUGUAAAAGUCUCACUUCAUGUCCAAAUCCUGUCAGCUCAUCAGGUAUGCUUGGAAUUUCCUAUGAUGACAAUUUGGUGGCCGUACUUCCUCAUUCAUGUGGUAGUGAUGGAAGAUUAUACAGAAAUUCUACUCUUGAAACUAGAGAUAUUUCUGUUGAAGCUCAUGAUUCAGAUGUCAUUAUAUGUUCAUAUGAUGGCAUUGCUUAUUCCAGUUGCUCUUCUCUUUGUCCCAGUGAUAGCAGUAAAUCUAAAUUUUUUCUCCCAGAAGAUAAGAGACAGGAAAUUGGGGCUCCAAAACAAACAAACACAGUGAUGAUGGUUUCUGCUACUCCAAACACCAAUCACAAGGCUAUGUCAUCAGAUGAAAAUCUAUCUGUGCAGUCUGCAGACUUGUCAGAUUCUGGAGCUCUGUUUUAUGAACCUCCAUGUUUUCCAAGCUUAGAGAUUCCAUUUAUCAGCUGUGACCUCAUAUCCUCUGGAGAUCCUCAGCAGGCAUAUAGUCCCCUUGGGAUUCGUCAACUGAUGAUGUCCUCUGUGAAUUGUUCUAAACCGUAUAGUCUGUGGGAUUCACCUUCUCAUGAUGAGUCGCCUAAUGCUCAUUUAAAAGGUGCUGUCAAAAGUUUCAUGUAUACACCAUCAAUUUUGAAGAAACGUCAACGUGAAAUGUCAUCACCUAUACCAGAACAGAGAACUGACAAGAAACCUGGUAAAGAUAUGGCUCGUGUGUCAUUAUGCUCAUCCCCUGUAAAUGAUGCUGAGAAUUCUUUCAUGGUUAAUGUGAACGAUGAAAUCAUUUUUAAUGAAAUUCCUCCAGGUUAUGCUGAGGGAGGAUUUAGUAAUCCUUCAGAUAAGCAGCAUAAGGUACCUGUUCUUGGGGAUGAAGACAAAGAAAAUCUAUGCCAAUCGUCUUGUUAUGCAACAGCUGGAAAUGUUGUUAUGGAAGCAAAGACCCCAGCUAACUCAUAUGGUAAAAUGUCAUCCUUUACAUCAGCUACUAGUGCAGCAAGCAAAGUUGAUACUGGUGCUUCAAAAUGGAGACCACCUCGGAUUCUCGUCGAAUGCAAUGCUAAUAACAAAGUAUUCUUUUCUCCACGUGGCACCAGAUAUCCUACGAAUGGGUCAGUAAACGUUGGUGCUAAAGCUUUGAAAGUUCACACUCUCAGGAGCUCAGAGAAUGCAUCAAAUUUUGGUCAAUUAGAUGAUUGUGCUGAAUCUCUUUUUGAUGUCUCUGCCUUCUUUUCUCCUAGAGUCGGUGAAAAUAAGGACUCACAUUGUGUCUCUAUUAUAUCAGUACAAUCUGAUCCAUCAACACAUCCUUCUUUUGCGGUUGAAAAAUGCAGUUCAACAGUUGAUGAUGACAUUAGACACUUAAACAUUUUUGUUGAUACCCCUGGUGUUAAAAGGGGAAUUGAAUCUCCUUCGGCAUGGAAGUCACCCUGGUUUGUGAACUCUCUCCUUCCAGUACAUGGAAUUGGCACUGAUACAGCAUUUGAGGACAUGGGAUAUUUAAUGAGCCCUGGCGAUCAAAGUUAUGAUGCCAUUGGGCUGAUGAGGCAGUUAAGUGAGCACACUGCUGCUGCAGUUGCAGAGGCCCAAGAGGUACUGAUAAGUGAAAGCCCCGUCAGAGCAUGCAAUGAACCACAAUCUGACAACAAGAAAUUCUCAGAUGAAAAUGCUGAUCCUGCUGACAAAGAGCUGGGAAAUUAUCAUAUGCCAUCAAAAAUCAUGACGGAGGCUCGAGUUCUUGAUUUUAGUGGAUGUGGCACACCUGUCAACAAGAGAUCAGAAAAUGUGAAAGCAGGUAACACAGAGACACCCAUAAGCUUGUCAAGCCAGUCCUCGUAUCUUAUGAAGGUUUGCAGAUAGAAGCUACCAGGCAUCACAGUAAAAAAGUUUGCUUCUUUGCCAUCUUAAUAUGUAAAUGCCCCUCGCUGUGAUUGCUUUCCUGAUUUAUUUUAUCUCAGUUUCUUCUUUUAGGUAUAUUCAUUUUUAUGGAUUGUCAAUUUUAAUUGCAACCGAAGAAUGUCAGUGAAUAUAAAUCCAAUACAAUCAGUCCAUCGAGUCAUGUCAUUUUGAAUUGCGUAAGUUUGUAUGUAUUUUUUCCUCU